AUCUAAAGUCGGUAAGUACAUUUAACAAGUCGACACAAGCUCUGUAGAACUUUUUAACUGACCAUCACAUAUAUCAAAGACACAUAGCAUGCACGUACACACAUACUGGACAUGCAGACCAUAUCACAGGUUAACAUAUUUAACAUAGCAUACAUGCAAGACUAUACAGAUACGGAGACAUAAGAUUUAGAGGAAAGAACAAGCAAGAGUAGAUGUAUAUAAAAAGCAGCAGCAACAUAAUUAAAAUCAGACUUCUUAGAUCCGCGCCGUAUACUUUGCGUAAUUAGAUUGAAAGCAGCAUGCAGCAACAUAAUUUUUGAUGUUGUAAAUAAUACAAAAAGCACAAACUAUCUUAUACAUAGCAUGAAGAAUUCAAACAUAAUUAAAAAUCGAUAAUGGUGGUUACAAAUGAAUAUUUAAAAUUCACUCUGCAAGCAGAAAUCACUAAGAAGAUGAAAUAGAAAAAAGAAAUAUUCAAUGCAUUUAGGUCUACUUAACAAAUUCUUGUAAAAGCCUAAGAUGGUUAUUCUAUUAUAUUUUUUUUUUCCUUCAAAAAGAUGAAUAGUCAUAUUUCUCACUUGUCAAAUGUCACCUGUGCCAAACGUGGCACCAGUUGUGGGGUCGACUUUGGAUGAUUUCAAAUGCGCGCUAAUGCAUUAAUAAUGUUUGAGAAAAUAGAUGUACGAAAUCUGACAGGCCGAGUUUGUUUUGGGUCGAGUUCUCCAGAACCCGCGUCCCUGUCAAAUAUGGAAGUCACAGGUGCAAAUGUUCAAAUGUUAAAAAACUUGCAUGCAUCGGAGUCUGAUAAUUCCAGCUCAUUUCCUCAAACAUCGAGUUCUUCGAGGUCGUGUGAGACUGGAAGUAGGAGUGAAUUUGUAUUUCCGAAAUGCACAUCACACUGGAAUUCAAACGUGGUCGACAAACUUGGAGUUCGCUUUCAAGACGAAGAUAUAUUCGCCAUCAUAAUUUCGAAGUGGUGCCUUUUUCAUCUGUCGGCGAAUGACUAUCGUCAAAUUGAAAGAUGCUUAGGUGCGUGUGAUUUAAAGUUAGAUUAUGAAACACUGGAUACCAUAUCCUCCAGAAUCGUGACACCCAUUAAAAAGUGGGUGACUUGGAAGCCAGACGAAGAGCAAUUAAAGAUAAUACGGACAGAGCCGCUGUUACAAAACUUUGAAGUCAAAUUAGAGGAGUUCAAUUACUGCUUGGGGCUAAUUAUUGCAAGCAAGAAGUCGGACUCUACAGUAUCACCAUGGAAAUACCAAACAUUGUUCAAGAAGCUUUUGCAUCUGUUUAAUAUUUUCACAUGGAGUCAACCAUUUUUAGAAACACAGAAGGCAGUGAUAAUGGGAAAGACUGUACAUUCUACAGCUGACCUUCUUUGCUGUAGGUCUGAUCCAGGGAUUGAUAAGCCAGUAGUGUGUGUUUGUGAGAUCAAGAAAACGUACUCAGAAGAAGAGGAUGGUGUGUCACGUCCACGGAAAAGACUGCGAUGCUUCUCAUCAGAGGACAGUACAUCAGAUAUUCCACAGACUGAAAGAAAUUUACUGUCGCCGCACAUUGGAGAUCUUUUUGUACACCUGAACCAGUCAGUAAGGAAUGAGGGCGUACUUGGUGUUACUGUUGAGAAGACAUUGGUACAGAUGACUUUUCUUCAAGUGGAAAAAUCAAGUAUGGAGAAAAUUCAGUUCGGAAAUAGUGCUGGCAAUGUGAAAUUAAAGGAAAUGAAUAGACCUAUUCUGUACUUCAGUAAACAUUACAAUUUUUUAAAGCAAGAUGAUCGCAAAAUUUUGUUCAAGGCAUUUCUGCUCAUUAAACUGAUGCAAAAUAGAUAUGAGAAAGGAUCAGAUACAUGAUAGCAAUGUUCUAUUGUUACUGGUAAUCUUAUGUUCAAUUGUGCAAGUGGUGGUUUUGUUGAGGAGGGUAGCUACUGAACUGUAACUCUCUUGGGGAACAUUGCAGCAAUUACUGUCAGAGUGAUCUUAUCUUUGUUUACUACAGCAUUUCUGGAUAUAUUGGACACCAAACUUGAUACACUGGUACAGCAUAAGGAGUAGAUGACACCUAUUGAAUUUUAGGUCACAUGGUCAAUCCACUCAGGACAUAGGAAGAUAUUGUCUGCUCAAUAUUUUGAAAUAUGUAGGGGAAAAUAUUUUAAAAUCUUCUCAAGAACAACAGGGUCAUGAUAAGUCAUAUUGAUAUGCAAGCAUCCUCAGGUGGUGCAAGUUUGUUAAAAUCAAUUGGUGGUAGGUUUGGGUCAUAAUAUAAAUUCAAGUUUUACAUGAAAUGUAUGGGGGGGAAAUUUGAAAAUUUAUGGAGUUUGGAUGGGGCUAGAAUCAGGGAUAACAAUUUUACAUGAUACAUGAAUAUAGGGCAUCCAUAUGUUGUAUGGAUUCAAGUUGAGUUUUAAGUCAUGACCCCAUUUGGCUUAGUUGGGGGUCAUGAUAUGGGUUCAAAAAUUUUUGAGGGAAUAAUGAGGGUAAAAAAUCUUGUUUUUAAAUCUUCUGAUGAACAGUAGCAGCAGUUCGACUCAGGUGAGCAUUGUGGCUCAUGGGCCUCUUUGUGUUGAAACAGCAGGGUAUUCAACACGAAACUAUUUAUUAAGUUGUUUCAAAAGUUGGGAACUUUUGAAUAUGAGAAGCUUGCAUUCUCUUGUUACUUGUGCAUGUGCUGUAUAAAUAGUUUUUGUUUUCCAUUUAUCCCCAGAAAGCUGCAGUUUUGCAGCUUACUUUGUUUUAGGUUCACUUAUACAAUGAUAAAAAUAUUUUAUUGGA